AGCCCGGUAUCCGAAAUUGCAGUAUACGACUUGACCAGUCCCCCUGGGAGACAAAGGUUUAUUACCUGUUGUCUUUUGCAGUCAUCGGGAGGAGAAAACCUUCAUGCAAACUGCACGUGCCGUAGAGGAGAAAGGUAUUUGUCUUGUCAGUAGUGGAGGAGCCCAUGCAGCUGAAAAAUAACAUGGCGAUGCGGGAAAAGGUCCACAGCCUGCGCUUCAAUCAAGAUCACGGUGAGGGUUGCUUCAUGUGUUGCAUGGACUCUGGGGUUCGAAUAUACAAUGUGGAACCUUUGGCAGAGAAGGCACAUUUAUGUGAGAGUUUAGUUGGUAGUGUUAGCCAUGGUGAGAUGUUACACAGGACCAACUUGCUGGCAAUGGUGGGUGGAGGUGCUGUCCCAAAAUAUGCAGACAACACGGUUUUAAUUUACGAUGACUGCACCUCGAGGCUAGUCCUUGAAUUUACAUUCUCCGCUCCUGUACUGGCUGUUAGAUUGAGAAAAGACAGGUUAGUGGUAGUUUGUCGACGGCAGAUACAUGUCUUCUCUUUCCCACAUUCUCCUCGGCGACUUUUUACCUGUGAAACACGGGACAAUCCCUUGGGACUGUGUGAGGUGUCCCCACUACCUUCUGCUGACAGACAUAUAUUAUGUUUUCCUGCCCACAAACUUGGUGCUGUUCAACUAGUGGAUCUUUUAACAACAGAGUCGACCGUUUCUCAAGCCCCACUCACUGUCCAAGCUCAUAAAAGUGAGCUUGCCUGCCUCAGUGUGAACCGUGAAGGCACAUUGUUGGCUACAGCAUCCCACAAAGGCACUCUAAUAAGGGUGUUUGACACUGCUCGUAGAGUGCUCUUGGCUGAAUUGAGAAGAGGCUCUGAUCCUGCCACUUUAUACUGCAUUAACUUCAGUGGGGACAGCGAGUUCAUUUGCUGCUCAAGUGACAAAGGCACCAUCCACAUCUUUGCCCUCAAGGACACACAACUGAAUCGUCGCUCAACGUUUUCACGAAUUGGAUUCUUGGGAGGGUACAUGGAGUCCCAGUGGGCCCUUGCGAACUUCACAGUGCCUCCCGAGUGUGCCUGUGUUUGUGCCUUUGGAGCCAACUCUACGGUAUAUGCAAUCUGCGUGGAUGGCACAUUCCACAAGUAUGUCUUCAAGGCAGCGGGAUGUUGCAAUCGAGAAUCUUUUGAUGUUUACCUAGAUCUAGUCACAGAUGAGGAGUUCUAAAUUUAGAAGAUAUAAAGAAUCUGAGAAAUACUGAAAUUGCUGUUACGGAGAUGUUAAUAAUGGUUGUACAAAAGUAAGUAUAGUAUUUAGUUUGAGCUCAUCACGUGAAUGUUUUUCAUACAUAUUUGCCUUAUGAUUGUAGUAUGAAUUCUGCCAGGCAAUUAUUGCCAGACAUUCAUUCACUUGUAUGUAUUUUCAAUACAAUAAGGCUGUUUAUUCAUCCCAAAUUUCUAAAAACACUGAAGCUUCCCAGCCUCUAACCCUCCCUGGAAUAGAUGAGAGGAGACGAUGUUUUGAGGGUUGACUAAGCCAAAGCAUUCAUCAAAUUUGAAAUUCAUGUAAUUUGCAGUAAUCUGCAUGAAUGGCACAUAACACAAAUGUGUGUUCGAGGCAGCGGGACGUUUUUUGUUUGUAUUUGUUGUUGUGAAUAAUUUAAAAUUGCUAUAAAAGCUAUUCAUAUAGUAGUGUUCUGUUAGAUUUGCAACAUUUCAUUUCUUGGUUUAGAUGAUUGGUAUCCAUUUCAAUUAAGUGCUCUCGGUUAUCUGUCCUGUGGUUGAAUCAUUGAUAUAGAAUGGAUAAAUGGAAGAUCUUGGUGUAACAUAGUCUAGUCAGGUUAACAGCAUCAGUAAUCCAUUUCUGUAUAGUCUCUGGAUUAUUUGAAUACUGGUAAGAUAGGCAGGAAAAUUUCUGCAUUAAUAUGAGUGCAAACCACUAAUUGGUGGCUUGGCUUCAAUUAGUUUAUAUAAUCAAGUGAACAUAAUCAUCAUGGGUUUGCAUGUUUUAUAAAUGUGCAGAUACAAAAGUUUUGUUGUAUUAUUUGAAAUUAAACUAGAUACUGUAUAUAUCUUUUAUAAUGGAAAAAAUAUGUAUACAGCAUGUAUACAUUCGUGUUAAGUAUGCGCUAAAUAUGCAGUUUUGUGUACUUACAUCUUCAAAAUAUCCCCCAUUCCUUUUUUAUUCUAAGGUAGUGUAUUAAAUACAGUGGAUCCUUAUAUAAUACUGUAUGCAUUUACAUAGCAUGUUUUGUUGUACAUGACAAGUUUUCAUUUAGUUUCUAAUAAUUUAUAUUGUACUCAUUUUUAUAAAGCACGCACUCUAUAUGCUCACCUUUUAGCUCUGGCAAAGAGCUGAGGACUUGGCUUCCUUCCCUGUAAACACACACCCACCAGUUGAUUGACAGUCAAGAGGCGGGACCAAAGAGCCAAAGCUCAACCCCUGCAAGCACAAUUAGGCGAGUACAUGGGUCGUUAGGACACCAUGAGCAUAGUUCUCAUCCUGUAACUUCACUUAGGUACUUACACACCCACCGACUCUUACCCACCCAUGCAUACUAAUUCAAGUGAAGGUCUUCCUAUAAUGUAUAACUUCAUACAUAUCUGAGAAUGUAACCCCAUUUUUCAAAUUUGUUGUUCAAUUUAUGCAGCACAUUUAAGACAAAAAGCUGUUUUUCUUGAAUAACUGCAGUGUUAUACUGUACAAGUACACUAUAAAAUCAUUUAUACUGUAAUCUGAACACAAAAAUAUGAUUUCUAUCAACAGAUUUUUACCCCUUUUGGAUAAUCUCAUCAAUAAUGUGCUUCAGCUUUAAAUGAAACAACUUUGAGCUAUGUAAAUUAACUUGAGCACUUAAACAAAUCAUGUCUGUCCUUCACUUUACUAUUAAUUUAGUGCUUUGGGGGAAUUUACUUUGUAUUGUCAGAUCGGAUAUUCAAGAUAUCCAAAAUUAGAAAAAUGAAAAUAGAAGUUCUUGUGUGUCAUAGAAUCAAUGUCUUUCACAUCUCAUUAUUUAAGAUAUUUAUAUUUAUAAGUCUCUGUACAGUACAGUAAAUUAUCAUAUUUUUAUAGUAGCUGUGUCUCUCGGUAUUAUAAUGUACUUAUAAAUUACCACAGUAUUUUCAUAGCACAAUAAAUAUUUUGACUGGUUAUAGAAUACAUUUUUAAAUAUUGGAAGAGCAGGAAAUUUUUAAAUUUUGUUUCAGGAGGUAGUUAGGUUGAUUGUAAGUUUUAUGCUUGUAUAAAUAACCUGCUGCAACAAUUUGAAAAAAUUCAAAUUAACAAAAUUAUACAUUUUCUGCUUAUUUUAUAACAUAGCAUGUCAGAAUUUUAACAGGAUGUGCUAUGCUCAUGGCUUUAAAAAAAAAUAAUUGUUCUAUUAAUAUUGUAAUUUUGUAUAAAAUCUAUUUACUGAUAAUGGACAUUUUGUAUACAGUAUGUAUCACUAAGCAUCCUAAACAAUUUUUCUUAAGCAAUAUUCUCAAUAUUUGCAAGUAAAUUUGCUUCUCCAAUUUAAUAUUUUAUAUAUAUAUUUAAGACAGUA